AUGGACUCUUAUAGCAAUGACAAAAAUUCACAGCUCGAGGAACAUUCGGUAUCAUUCCUAGUCGUAGGCGGUGGCAUUGCCGGUGUAUCAUGCGCAGAAACCCUUGCCAUUUAUCAUCCAGAAGAGAGUAUAAUUUUAUUAACGGAAUCCAGCCUUAUAAAAACUAUAGCGAAUUUAGAACCUGUCGCACGGUAUGUUUAUAAAUUUGAUGUAAAAGAACAGUCUUUGGAAGACACCAAACAGCUUGCCCCAGCAAUCGUAACCAUUGUUGACCAGCUCCUGCGAAUAGAAGCCUCAGAACAUCGCGCUAUAACCCAACACGGGCGCAGCAUAUUUUACAAGUCAAUUUGUCUUUGUACAGGAGCUGUACCUCACCUAAUUUCCAAUAACACUUCUCGUGUUAUUGGAAUACGCGACACUGAUUCAGUUCUGACAUUACAGCGGCGUUUGAAAAAUGCGAAAAGUGUGGUAUUGUUGGGCAACGGUGGCAUUGCCAGCGAACUUGCUUACGAACUGCAUGGUGUUGAAGUACAUUGGGUCAUCAAAGACGGUCAUAUAGCAUCAACAUUUGUAGAUGCUGGUGCUGCACAUUUCUUCCAAGUAUCGAUGCAUCAUAAUAAAUCGAAGGAAAAGAUUGCUUCAGUUGAAAAACCGGAGGCCACCUCAAUUGUUAAACGGUUAAGAUACGCCGAAAUACUAUCAGAAGAUCAAAGUAAAGAUGUAAUAAAGCAUGGGGCUGCUCUAGGGCCAGAUUGGCAUAGAAAUUUUACACUUAAAGGAAGUGCAGUUGCUGAGCUAGACUCUCCGAUCAUGUAUUACAAAACCCAUGUUGAACAAAUAAUAGAAGAAAAUAACCUAUUAGUUGUGAAGCUCUCCAAUGGUGAACAAAUUAAAUGUGAUUUUCUUGUUUCGGCGACUGGGGUUGAACCACAUCAUAAUUAUUGCUGUUCAGUGCCUCUAACUUUGGCUUCUGAUGGGGGAAUCGCCGUAAAUGAUAUGAUGGAAACUAAUGUAGAAGGGAUUUAUGCAGCUGGUGAUGUUUGCACUUGUAUCUGGGAGCAUGGAGAGCACUGGUUACAAAUGAGGCUAUGGACACAAGCGCGUCAAAUGGGUUGUAUGGCUGGGCGUAGUAUGAGCGCGAAAUUAAGAAAUGAAGUAAUUUAUCAAGAUUUCUGUUUUGAACUUUUUGGGCAUGUAACACAGCUUUUUGGUUAUUCAGUUGUACUACUUGGUCGAUAUAAUGGCCAAGGCUUAGGAACUGAUUAUGAAAUAUUACUCCGUUGCACGCCUCAAAAAGAGUAUAUAAAAUUUAUACUACAAAAUGGCCGCCUACGAGGAGCAAUAUUGAUUGGAAAUACAGAACUUGCUGAGACCUGCGAGAAUUUAAUUUUGAACGGCAUAGACCUCACACCAUAUGGAGAUGACAUUCUUAAUCCAGAUAUUGACAUCGAAGACUAUUUUGAUUAAACACGUCAUUGUUACUAGAAUAUUUUAAUUGUUCUAAAAAAUAUACAUUGCAAAUACAUCACACAAAUGUUGUUAUUUA